AUGGCAUAUUCAAAGUUUUGGAUAGUUGUUCUUUGUAUAAUGGAAUGUUGUUUUUCUACACUUAUCAAUCAUCAUCAGGAAGCUAUUGCUAUCUGCCUGGAUGUAAGCCCUUCUAUGUGCUAUGCACCUCAAGGCCAUGCUAGCAAAUUGGAAACUUCUGUCAAUGCGAUUAAUAUGAUCGUAUCUCGAAAGAUGUUCUCUCAAGGUCAUUUAGCUAAUAAGGAUGAAUUUGCUUUAGUCUUAUUUGGAACCCAAGCUAGAAAGAGAAUUGACAAUUAUACUGCCUGUUCUACUAAAAAUGCCCUUAGUGUAAUCGACAUUUUCGUGUAUUGCUUAGAGAGUGAUAAUGAUCUAUAUGAAGAUGGUCAAUAUGAAAAUAUUAGUGUGGUUAGACCACUUGGACCACCUGAUUUAAAUUUUCUACGAUACAUUCAAACCAACAUAGCACCAGUCCUGGAUUCCAUAAUAGUUGCUAUGGAUUUACUUAAAAAGUCAACCAGUGGGAAGAAGUUUGGAGACAAGCGAAUAAUCCUCUUUUCUGACCUCGGUUCCCCAUUUGCUGAUGACCAAAUUGCCGGCGAAUCAACACUGAAAAAGAUAUUAGAAAUAGUUGAUGGAGAUUCUCAUUCAUUAAGGAGUGCGUUGUCGACCCUUAGCUUUUUUCAAAAGCGGUCAAUAAAAAUGACCACUGUUUUCCGAGGGCCUCUAGAAAUUGGAUCGAAACUUAAAAUUAAUACCUACGCUUAUAUAAAGGUACGAGAAUCUAAACCAGAAUCGUGGAAGAAACUAUCAGCAAUAUCCGAGGCGUCAAAUCAACCCGGUGAUAUGAAGGUAAAAAUUGAAAGAUCAUAUCACUUAAAUGAUGAAGAUGAGACGGAAAUUGAAAGAGAAAAUUUAGCUAAAGGCUAUAAAUAUGGUAAAACCAUUGUUCCAUGGCUCAAAAUUGACGAAGAAAGUAUGAAGCUAAAGGCUGCUAAAUGCUUAUCAGUACUUGGAUUUACAAAAUCUGAAAAUGUAAAAAGACAUUGGUUAAUGGGAGAUGGUGUAGUAGUUUUUAUGCCUGCACCAAACGAUGAACCUGCUGGUGUUGCAUUUUCGGCCUUGGUUCAAGCUCUAUAUGAAACUGAUAAAGUAGCUGUUGUGCGCUACGUCUAUCGUAAUAAUUCUCAGCCGAAACUUGGAAUUUUAUUUCCCCAAAUAAAGGCAACUUAUCGGAGCCUCUUGUUUAUCCAACUGCCUUUCAUGGAAGACAUUCGCCAAUAUACAUUUGCUUCGUUAACCACAAAUAAGAAAAAUGUACCUACAGAUGAUCAGUUGGACCUUGUUGAUGAUUUAGUAACUUCCAUGGAUUUAUCUCGAGCCUAUCGUGAUGACGAUGGAGAACUUAUCGAAGCCCUUAAGCCUAAGUUGACUUUCAAUCCGGUUCUACAACGUUCUUAUCAGUGUAUACAACACCGCGCCCUCAAUCCUGAUGAUGCGCUUCCUCGACCUGAUCCAGUUAUAACGAGGUAUUUAUCUCCUAGUCAAGAUGUAACGGCAACCUGCGCUUCUCAUUUUCAGAAAAUAAAAGAUUCCUUUGGUAUAGUUCACGUACAGAAGAAAAAAAAACGCGACGAUGGAACGGCGGCUAGUAUAUUUAAAGAUAAUAUUGACCUCGCAUUGGAACUCGAUACGUCUUCUAAACGUGCUAAGGAUUCCAAUAGUACUGCAGAUGUUGACUUUAGUAUUUCAAGUUUAUCAAAAGAAAAUGUGACGGAAGUCGGUACCGUUCAACCAGUGCAAGAUUUUAAGGCCAUGAUAAAUCAGAAAGAUGAAGAUCGAUUCGAAGAAGGUACAGAUUAUCGACCGAAUUGGUACCCAAUGAACACUUUAGCCUGCAAACAAAUGAAAAGUCGCAUCUGGCAGCUUGUGAUGGAUUCAAUUGGUUCGCAGUUGUUCCCUAAAGCUAUGGAUUGUUUAAAAGCUUUAAGAGAAGAAUGUGUUAGGCUUGGCGAGCCUGCUGUAUUUAACCAGUUUUUACAAGAUAUGAAAGAUAAACUUUCUAACGCAUUUGGAAGAGAUUUCUGGUUGCUUGUCGUUGAAGGAGAAAUUACGUUGAUUAGCGUUCAGGAGUCUUCCGAAAGUGACGUAACUGUUGCUGAUGCAAAAUCGUUCCUUAAAAGCACUGACACUAAGGUUGAAGAUAACACUAAGGAGACUACUGAAGAGGAUGCUGAUGAUUUGGUAGUUGGAAAUGAUGUAAAAAAGCGCUCAACGUGUGAAUACGACGAAAUUACUUGUUAUGAGUUACCUAGAGCAGGAAUUGCAUUGAUAUCAAUUGUACCAUUCACCUUUACCAUUGCCAUUACUAGCUAG